ACCCCGGCCCGGCCGCCCGCCUGCGCGGCUCGCUCAGACCUCCCGGCUCCACUGGCUGCGCGGGCGGCGGUAACAUGUCUGUUCCGGGAUCCUAUCAGGCGGCCGCAGGGCCUUCCUCAGUGCCGUCCGCACCCCCGUCCUACGAAGAGACAGUGGCGGUUAACAGUUACUUCCCCGUGCCUCCUGCACCUGUGCCAGGGCCGACCACGGGGCUGGUGACGGGCCCAGACGGGAAGGGCAUGCAUCCCCCCGCGUACUACACCCAGCCGGUGCCCGUCCCCAACGCCAACGCAAUUGCUGUGCAGACCGUCUACGUGCAGCAGCCAGUGUCCUUUUUCGACCGUCCAGUCCAGAUGUGCUGUCCUUCGUGCAACAAGAUGAUCGUGACCCAGCUGUCCUAUAACGCCGGUGCCCUCACCUGGCUCUCUUGCGGGAGCUUGUGCCUGCUGGGGUGCGUGGCAGGCUGUUGCUUCAUUCCCUUCUGCGUGGACGCCCUACAGGACGUGGACCACUACUGCCCCAACUGCAAAGCUCUCCUGGGGACCUACAAGCGCUUGUAGGACUCGGCCAGACCCGGAGGGAGCCGCGCGCCGCAGGAAGUGCUCUCCGACUCGUACCCAGUCCCGCCCCUGGUGGGGGUUCCACCUUGCCGGCCUCGUCUCCCCAGGGGCUUCACCUUCGUGUCUUCUUUUGGGGGCAAAAAAAUACAUCGCCAACGCACCCCACCUCCAGAACCCCAGACGUUGCUGCUUGGCGUCGUGCACAGGACACGCAAAGACGUUCACCUUGAGUGCUGGUUCAAGGGCCUCCCGCCUACCGUGACCCCAAGUCACCCCGUCCAACUGUGACCGUUGCCCCAUCCAAGUAUCUUCUGGUGAUUGGCCGGUGGCCGGCUGCCUCGGGGCCCUUUUCUUGCCUCGGGGACCUUUCCGGGGGACAGUCUCAAACCGAGAAGCCACACGUUGCCUUAUUUUUUGAGACUGUUCUGGCCCAGAUACCGAAUACGGCUGACCCAGCCUUUUGAGUGCUUGCCUUCAGGCUCAUCUGUGUCCCCCCCGCCGCCCCCCUUGUGGCGACAAAAAAUCUUGCCUUAUAAACUAAGGGCUUGGCUCUCAGUCUGUAACGGCGGGCUUUUCAUUAGCACACCGAUUCACUUUAAUUUCUUCAUUCCUUCUUAAGUGCAAGGAGGACCUACUCACACCCGCCAGACACACAUCGGUGAGGUCAGAAAUGCAUGCUGAAAAUGUAGGGCCGGAUCCACCCAUGGAUCUGGUUUCCCUCAGCUGCUUUCCAUGAAGGGCUUUUUUUUUAUUCUUGGAGAGGAAUUGUUUGUAUUAACCGCUCUUAUGACCUCCUUUUGGUCUUAAACACCUUGGGACCUCAUUUUGAAAGGAGGGAUUUAUAGAACCAUUUUUCUUAACCGUAUGACUGUCACCACGUUCCCAUUUGCCAGUGCACUUUCUCUCUCUCUUUUUUUGUUUUUGGUCCUUAACGGAAAAAGUAAUGGAUAAUUUCAUCCACUGCUUCUCCUUGGGUUCCCAGUGGUUAGAAAGGCCAAGGAAGAGCAGUUUCAGCACAUCCCGGUACCACGGUGCUGGAGAGCUUGGGGACCUGACUGUUGCAAGGGAAUCUAAAUUCUGAUUUUAUUUUUCAGAGAUACAGUUUGUUGUAGGACGUCGGAAGACAUGAUUUCUGGGACUCAAUCGGCAAACCAGAGUUCUCGGUUGGCUGUUGUGUCAUCUUCGAAAUCAAGAUAAAGCUGGGGUCCGGCUUUCAAGAGUCCCCGUUUUGAUACUGAAUAUGCACAGGGCGUGCAUGUGAAUGAUAUGUAGAAAUCAAGCCUAGGGCUUGAACAAAAAUCUGUAUAUUGGCUGAAAAUCCUAGCUGUAACCAUUGAUUCAGCUUAUACAUUGGAUGUUCUGAAAGUAAUUAUUUUUGCAAUGAUUUAUGGAUACUACAUAGUACUUUGGCGUUAUCUGCUUUUACAAAAUAAAGUCUUUGGUUUACUCGGUGAA